GGUUUCCUUCCAUCUUCCGCUGUAAUAUAGGAGGGUGUGCACCUACUACCUCUCCCCCUACCCCCGGAGAGAACCCGCAAAUUGAAAAACUAAACUCAGACCUCCAUCCUCUACCUUCUCUCUUUCCUUCUCCGGUCAUCACCUCCGCGAUUUCCAAUUUUCAGAUCGCCAUUUCUCAGCUUUUCUCGAGUAUACACGACAAAGGGGAAAAAAUGGUGUUCUGGAUAUUUGGGUAUGGUUCAUUGGUGUGGAACCCAGGGUUUGAAUAUGACGACAAACUCAUAGGCUGUAUCAAGGAUUACAGGCGUGUCUUUGACCUUGCUUGCAUUGACCACAGAGGUACACCUGAAAAUCCUGCAAGAACUUGCACAUUGGAAAGCCUUGAAGGAGCCGUUUGCUGGGGAGCUGCUUUUUGUGUUCGUGGAGGUCCUGUAAGGGAAAGGCUGGCUAUGGAAUAUUUGGAGAAGAGAGAAUGCGAAUAUGAUAAAAAGUCGCUUGUAGACUUUUACAAGGAAGGGGAUACUUCACAGCCUGCUUUAACAAGAGUAAUUGUUUUCACUUCUACUCCGGAUAAAAUAUCAAACAAGUAUUACUUGGGGCCUGCCCCCUUGGAGGAAAUGGCUAGGCAAAUUGCAACGGCAUAUGGACCUUGUGGGAACAAUAGGGAUUACCUCUUUCUACUAGAAAAAGCCCUGUUUGAUAUUGGUCAUGAAGAAGACAUGGUGAUUGAGCUGGCAAAUGAAGUAAGAAAGGUACUUGGAAUUGUAGGAAAUGAGAUUUCCAAAGAGACGAAGCUGGCUGGUUCAUCGCAUUUUGCUCUCAAAUCACUUAUCACCCCUCUUCAACUGCGUCCAUUUCCAGAAGCUGUUGUGCUGGAUUCCUAGUUGAGCUCCGCUAACUUGUUAACAUUCCCGAAAUCUUCUAUUUUCCCUUUAGCUCGUAUCAGAAAAUAGUUUCUUUA